AUGUUAAUAAGUCGAGUGCCAGAGGAUGAAAGUGGGGCGGGAGAAGGGCAUGAGGGCAGUGACACGAUUGUCGACCACGCGCACGAAUACCAGACUGCUAGCGAGCUGUUUGAUCUCAUGGCGAGGAAUCAGAACUUCCAACCUGAUGAAGACGAAACCCUCACAACGCGAGAUCUAGUCCUCUUGUACAAAAACAUUGACUUAGGCACUAAACUAAUGUCCAACGCUAAUGAAUUUAAAAGAAAAUCUCCAAACCAGUACGUAGAGACGAUUGUGUACGAAGAUCUCGAAUCCGACUCAGACCUCAGUGAAAUUUAUAGUACUGAAGACAUCCAUAAUGUAGUUUUGGUAAACAAGGAGCGAAUAGAUUUGUUGAAUAACCCGCCAUCUUUAGAAAACACGUUAUGCCACAAACUCGGCGAUUUGGAAAUACAUUCAUCCGAUUUAACCACACAGUAUGAUCGGAAAUACUUAAUCAAAGAUUCAUAUAUCAAGGAUCAACUUAAAAAUUUAAAUAUUUUACCGAGUUGCAGCGAAUACGAUGGCAGUGUUCUCCCAGCCUCGUUAUUAGAUUAUAUUUGUUGUAAACGGUUAGAAGAUAACUACAAUUUUUACUUGGACAAUAUUAUAAAGUACGUCAAACAUACUAUUGAUCAGUUAAAGCGUAUCAGUAACGGCGAUUAUCUAACUGACAAAGCUAAAGAAAAAUGGAAGGAAGUUAAUGAAGACGAAACAAACACUCAGGAUCUAAAAAGCAAAGUAUUAGCUACUUCAACGAGCAUUCCUUUAUAUAUUGAACGCAAAAUGACGGGGCAUGCAACGAAAUGGGAUGAUCUGGUGCAUUCCGCAGUAGACAUCAGGUCACUUUCCAAAAUAUUGGAAAAGAAGAUCGUCAUAGAAGUACCGAAAGCGAUAUGCGGUUCAUUCAAACUUUUCAGUAAAUGUUAUAACGAUAAUUUAAUCAUUAGUUGCAAAAAGGAUCCGCAAUGUGCAGUUAUACCGGAGGAAGCUGAAGAGUCACGAGUAGACGUGGUUUUGCAGUUGAACCGUUCAGAUUCCGGGCAUGUAAUUAGUAAUAUCAGUUCAGUUAUGGUUCUACAAAAAAAGCCCGAAAUAACUAAGACCUUACCAUUACCUUAUAAGAACGAAGAAGAUAUCGUUAACACAGCGGUAAACGAUGUCAAAGAGAAAAAUAUAUCAGUUACGGGUUCUUGCGAAAAACAAAAGAUCUACAGUAAAACAGAUGAUGGUGAAAUACUUUCUGAGAAAAAUGUAGAGUACACAACUUGUCCUACAUUUCAUACAGAAGUCCAUCAAGGCAAGAGCCAUGUAAAACUCUUUAAUAAUGAAAACGAUUUGUCAUCUAAAUUUCAGACGCCAACACAACAACCUAACUAUGCACAUUUUUAUAAGAGAUGUAAUUUACGUACUGAAGCGUCAUGCGAACUGAUACCUUCUGAUGAAUUACGAUUGUCAAUUCAAAGGUUAAGUAUGCAAGGAUCUCUUCCAGAAGAGGUGUUCGAAGACAAUACAUCUUUUCACACUACUAACAAAAGGAAGUCACCUACACGUAAAAGAAUAAAGUCACCAUACGAAAACAAAUCAUUUCUGAUCGAAGAGAAAAAACGAAAGAAGCUUUUAGAAGUCAGACAAAGACGCGAAAAAAAGAAGAUUGCAUUAACUGAAAACUGCAAAGUUAAUAAACAUAAAUAUACCAAAGGAGUGGCAUCACCACAUACAGCUAGUUCUAUUACCAAACUAUCUAUAACCAAUAAGUCUUUUUACAAUUCAAUUUAUGGACAUUCUGCGCCUGAAAGUGUAGAUAGUAGUAGCAAACAAAGCAAAAUCAAAGGGAUCAAAAAUAGAAAAGAUUCUAUCCUCGACGACAUUGCAAGAAACUUCGAAAUAAAUGGUGAUUCAAUACAACGAAGUCAGGAGCUCCAAAAGCAAAAAUACAUAGACAACAGUUACUACUUAGACAAUCCUGUCACAGAAGUAAUGUAUAUGGAGAUGAAACAAAAACAAAGUAAGGAACCUCAAGUGAAUUUCUCGGAGAGCACUUCUGCAAUUUCAAAUGACUUUAAUAUGGACUUGAAAAUAUUUUCUCAACUAAUAACACCUUGCGUUAUUAAGAUCAACGUUGGAGACGGGUCUGCUGCACCAUCUGCAAGAGAUGGAAAUUUUCAAGGAUAUAGCGAAAUGAUCAAAAAUAUGGAGCAUAACCAAAUGGAAAAAAUUACUUCUGCCCAUAAUAUUCAACAAAAGGUGCCCGACAAUAGCCCUAAAGAUGAAGAUGAACAACGCUCCGAACAAUGUGCUGAACAUGAUGCUAAGAUGAGUACGUCAGCUGAAUUCAGAAAAAGUAUUGACAAAAUAUAUGAAUUAAUAAAGAAACUUGAAAAAACUGAAGGCACGGAAACAAAACUUUUUAAAAGUAAAUUCACAGCAGUUGCAGAGAGGAAUACGGGAUGUGGAAGCUCUACCAUUCAAUACAGUGAUAGUGGCACCAGCGUUAAACAUCACCUUGCUUCUUCAAACCCAAGCUGCUUUAGCUUUGAUAAAACCAAUAAUCCAGAAAACUCGUCAAAAGCGGAAAACAAAAAAUCCGCUAACGGGCCCCCAACAACUGUUGUCCCUAAAGUGAUUAUUAGUACAAAAUCACAAACUGCGAAAGUGGAAGAAAAAAUUAAUAAAAAGGAUCGGAAGAAAAAUAGCCCAACAAAAAAUUACAACGAAAAUCCUUUGAGAGCCAUAUCACAAUUACUUCACGAGUUUGAUAAUGUACAAAAGAUUCGGACCAAAUCAACAACCGAUGCUAAGAUUAGUAAAAAAUCUGAAGUUAAUGUUACUGACGGGAAAGCUGACAAUGUGUCAAGAGGAGCUUCUAAACAUGACAAUCAUAUGAAAGACAGUAGUGACCAGCAUUCUGAAAAAUGUGCAAGAGCAGGUUUGUAUAAGGAUCGACGACCUAAACCGCCGCACGCAGCAGAACCAUUUAAAUAUCCUCAUCAACCGAAUCAUAUUGAGAACAAACCUACAAAUAGAUCGCUAAGAAAAAAAGUUGUUGAUAUAGUCGAUGAAUUAAAAGAAGCAAAAGGCCAAGCCGUACGUGGACCAUCUAAACUAAAUUCUAGAUUAAACUCACUCGCCCAGCCAAAAAGAACAUACGUUCAAGCUCAAAUUGAAGAAUUUCAAGCAAGAUACGGUAAAAGCAUAGUCACGGAUCGGUUAAGGAGGUUAAAUGCGGCACCGCCUAGUCAAGUGGCCGAACGGUCUGGUUCUCCUAAACACAAAAAGAAAAAUAAUGUAGAAUCGGAUGCACCUGUAAAGCAGUCACCUUCGGCGUCUCCGGUUUUAGAGAAAAAUCUAAAGAAGUCGACUAGUGCUAAUGGCCGCGAUUCAGUGUCUCCUACUUUAGUAAACGAACAGUGUGCAAAACAUUCAAUUGUGGUUGAGACACCACAAAACCUAAAGAAAAAGAUGGUUGCAGUGGAAUCAUACUUGAAAAAUCACUAUGGACGACUUACGGCGGCUACGGACUCCGGCGACUUGAUGCACGACGGGCUAAAGUCACGAGUUCCGCUCUUACCAAAUGAUUUAGAUCUACCUUCGAUAUCGUCACCUGGUGAAGAGUCUUCUGCGAUAGAAAGCAAGAUUCACAAUAUUAUUGACACCAUGCUUCCUUCUCCGUUAGCUUUGUCCGUCCUAACCGAAUGCAACGAAAAUUCCAAUCAGAAUGAAAGUAGUAGCCCUUCCGUUUCUGAAAGCUCUUUGAAGAAAGACGAAGCAGUCAAUUACGAAAACUACUCCUGUUAUCACCAUAGCAGAUCUACAGAAAUGAAUGAUCCUCUCAUAAACUUUAAACAUGAAGGUAUUGUAGGCGAUAUUAUCCCUGAAGAAAGUGACCUAUCACAGGACGGUGAAGAACAAAUCCUCACGCAAUCACAGAACUCUCUUACUGAGUUGGAAAAAUUAGAGAAUGCAUUAUACCGCCGCAUGUCAAUAGGAGCGUUCCAAAAACGGCUUCGACUCAAGAAUUUAACACUGACGCCUAAAGAAUCCACGCAACAAGUCUUACUAUUACAGUCCGGUGAUACUAACUCCGUAGUUCUAAAAUCAACACUAUCAAAAAUCAAGAAUGUUAAUAAUGACGGGGAUUUAAAAACACUUACCGACCUACCUAAGUUGGAUUGGAGUUUUGCAGAGUUUCCGAUGCAGAUUUCUACUGUUGGCUAUAGUUUUCCUCAUUUUCAACACCUUGACUUCGACCUAACUUCAAAUAAUAAUAAUUCUUUAUGUGAAAUUGACUCGCAAAGUGAGGAAGUCUCUGAAAGUAUUCCUAGUUUAAAGUCUGACAAAACUAGCCAAUGUUACAAAGGCGGUCAAAGCUUUCCAGAAUGUGCUGCACAAGUUGAUGUAAAAGAAUUUAUAAGAAUAUCAAGCGUUUUGAAAAUAAGUUCAACCCUCAUAACAGAAAAAAAUGAUCAAACUGAUGUUAAAAAAAAGGAAGAUGAAAUACAUGAUGUUAAAAAUGAUACUAUUAAAAAUGUUACUCAAGUAAUGACUAAACCUACAGUAGCAAAAGAAAUUUCAAUACAGACAUUUGAGUCAGAAACAAAUGAAAGCACCACCAAGACAGUGCAAAGCAGAUCUAGAGAUGUUGAUUAUACUACAUCUCUAGAUAUUUUAGUCGGACUUUUGAAUGAAAUACAAAAAAUCACAACAUGUCAGACGCAAAUAACAACUCCUGAUGCGUACUCCGACACCGAAGAUCAGAAGAAAGAUAUUGAACAUAUUUUAAAAAGUACUGUAGCUCUAGAAAGCGUACAAAAAGAAGCUCGUAACAUUAUAUCUAUCAGUUCUCUUGAUAAAUUGAGACAGUUGGAAUCCAAUCCUAGUAUUUACUCGUUCUAUCUAUCCAAUAAUGGCGAUAAAGACUUCGAAAAUAAGCUGGUUGAAUUUAAACCUCUAUUCGCAGACAAAGAAGUGGAUGCGAUAGUACAUGAAAGAGAAUUUGUAAAUAGGUGCACUGAUGUGCCAUCAAGAUUAUUUCCAAUAACUGUAAGCCACUCCACAAGUGUUUCUAAUACUGUAUUAGGUGUGCUAAGCGAAUCAUCAAGUCAAUCAGUAUUUGCAUUUAAUGAACAUGCUGCGCAACACAAUUCAUCUUAUUGCAAGAAUAUCAUUACUCUUCAGAAAGAUGAAAACCCAAAAAAUUACAAUAAUCAUCUAAAGAAAUAUGUUAUUAAAGAUAUUCACAUGAAUGAGAAUAUUCAAAAGCCUAAAAAUAUAGAUGAUCAACUUGCAGUACGCUUCAGACAAAUUAAACCGCCCGAAAAAAAUGAUAAAAAGGUGCAUAAGAAGAAAGGACUUCCUCAGGAUGCGAACAAACAAAGCCUUAUUCCACUUUAUAGUAAUGCAAGAACCACAAAUAAUCAAUAUGUUUCUAACGCAGACUUUGACCCAGUUAUGAAAAUGAAAAGAGAUAUCCUUGUGACGAUGUAUUCAGUCCUGGUGUUAACUGUAUUUGCUGCCUUGUCGUUUCCUGAAAUGUUAUAUCGGGCUUAA